AGGCGUAAUAAUAGAGAAGGUGCCAGAAAGAUCCAAAACAAGUGGCUGCCGCCGUCGCCCAGGAGUCCUCAGACGCCAGAUUCCGGCCCUGGUUCGAGCUUGUUCCGACCCCCUCCCCCGGGUAUGGCGCUGUCUGGGUCGACCCCUGCCCCGAGCUGGGAGGAGGACGAGUGCCUGGACUACUACGGGAUGCUGUCGCUUCAUCGUAUGUUCGAGGUGGUGGGCGGGCAGCUGACGGAGUGCGAACUGGACCUGAUGGCUUUCCUGCUGGACGAGGCCCCCGGCGCGGCCGGCGGCCUGUCCCACACCCGCAGCGGCUUGGAGCUGCUCCUGGAGCUGGAGCGCCGCGGGCAGUGCGACGAGAGCGACCUGCGGCUCCUGGGGCAACUCCUCCGAGUGCUGGCCCGGCAGGACUUGCUGCCGCACCUGGCGCGCAGGCGGCGCCGGCCAGUGUCUCCAGAACGCUACAGUUACGGCACCUCCAGCUCUUCUACAAAGCGGACGGAGGGCAGCUGCCGUCGCCGUCGGCAGUCAAGCAGUUCUUCAGAUGCUCAGCAGGGCCAGUGGGAGACAGGCUCCCCCCCGACCAAGCGACAGCGGCGGAGUCGGGGCCGGCCCAGUGGUGGUGCCAGACGGCGGCGGAGAGGGGCCCCAGCUGCCCCCCAGCAGCAGCAGGAGCAGGCCAAACCCACCUCGGAAGGCAAAGUGACCUGUGACAUCCGGCUCAGGGUGCGAGCAGAGUACUGCGAACAUGGGCCAGCCUUGGAGCAAGGUGUGGCAUCUCGGCGGCCCCAGGCGCUGGCGCGGCAGCUAGAUGUGUUCGGGCAGGCCACUGCAGUGCUGCGCUCCCGAGACCUGGGCUCCGUGGUGUGUGACAUCAAGUUCUCAGAGCUCUCCUAUCUGGACGCCUUCUGGGGGGACUACCUGAGUGGUGCCCUGCUGCAGGCCCUGCGGGGUGUGUUCCUAACUGAGGCCUUGCGGGAGGCUGUGGGCCGGGAGGCUGUCCGCCUGCUGGUCAGUGUGGACGAGGCUGACUAUGAGGCUGGCCGGCGCCGCCUGCUGCUGAUGGAGGACGAAGGGGGACGGCGCCCAUCGGAGGCCUCCUGAUCCUGGAUCUGGCAAGACUGACCCCACCUCCUAGCCUCUGGGCCACCUUUACCUCAGGAGGAUGAAGACCAUCUCUGCCCCUAGGGGACUGUCACUCCAGCAGCUCUGACUGAGACAGACAGACAGAUGGCCAGGCCCCCCUGACAGCCUGGCGCCUUGACAGCUCCUCUGACAGGAUGUGGGCUCUGAGGCCUAAACCACUUCCAGCCGAGUUUCCUUCCCAAGCCCCCUCCCAACCUCACCCUCCAGUGUGUCCCUUUGGCUCCAGCAGGCAGGGCCUCGGGCAUGCAGGUCCCACGGGAAGGAGGCAGCUGCACGGUCACCAAAGGCCCCUGCACAUUAAGUUCACCACCCUGGGUUGUGUGCACACAUUGCCCCAUGGAAGCCUCCUCUGGGCUCCUGUCCUGCUCUGCUCCACACAAUUCUUGGGCCUAAGGGCUUUUCUCAGGAUCUCUGAUUUGAUCGCCCCAACCCUGGGCUUCAGCCACACUAGGCACUGGAGCUGGGGCACACAUGGGGCCUGCUCACUUUGCCCACACAUCUCUACAGCCAGCCAGGGCUCUGCCCACCUUCCACACACAGACCUGGCCCUUCACCUUAUCCUGCUCCCCAGAACUGGACACGGACUUGAACAAGGACUACCCCCAGAGUGUCUCACGUGUGUUGCCAGCAGGAUCAGACCAAGUGUGCUGCUGUUGGCCAUGGAGCCAGGACCAGAAGCCAGCUGCCUUCUCAGAAAGGGAAAGGCAAAGGCUUGGGGGCUGAUGGGAAAGGUAUUUUAUAAAUGGCACCAAUAAAACUGCCCUGGAAGGGGCAUAGGUGGGCA